GCAGCCAGGGAGAGGAGUUUCUAACGCUGGCUGCUGUGGAGGUGCGCAAGUGCUCGUUGCCAUGACAGCGCCACACUAGGCAAACUCCCCAUGUCGUAAAGCAAUCGAUUAUUUGGCCGUUCUUUGCGUUGCCGCGGCUGGUCAGACCUCAGCGUCCCUGUGUUGUAUGAGAGGAAUCCGGGUUUGUCUUGGACUGCGGUGUCCCGCGCCGAGGCGCAGUGACUUCAUACCGCAUCGAGUAGCGGAAUGCUGCAACGCGUUAUCCGCUCGGACUCGAACUAGAAGAAACCAUCGGAAAAAAGUCUCCUUUUUCUUUUUUUUGGUAGAGUUUAAUUCUUCUUCGGCUCCCUAGUCUACGUUGUUGGUGGUACUAGGCUGUUAGAUGACACACUGUGGAAACUGAGUACAAGUCUGAAUGUCUUGUACUAACUGUUAGACUUAUCAUCCUUGAACGAUAGGAUAGACACAAUGGAGACAUUUGAUCAUACGGUGAGAUACUUGGGGAGAGAUGGAAGAGAGUGCUUCAGUGAACUGGAACAUCUUCCUCCACUCCUUGAAGACGAGGAGAACGUCUCUCUGGCUGACAUCCUCUGCUUGCGGGACAGCUGUCUGACGGAGGAGGAGGUGUGGGCCAUGAGCGGCGAGUGUGUGUUGGCCUUGCGGAGCAUCCAGCCCACCCAGCUCUUCCACAGCCUGUGCAUCACGCCCGACACGCUUGCCUUCAACGCCCACGGGAACGUGUGCUUCAUGGAGCAGCUCAGCGAUGACGUGGAAGGCUCAUUUGUACCGCCAGAGUUUGACCACACAGGAAGUUCAUUUGAGGGUCACCUGUUCUCGCUGGGCUCCACGCUCUCCGCGGCGCUGGACUUUGUGAUCGAGCCGGAGUUGCAGCAGGCGGAGCUGGGGGAGGAGGCCCUCCGAAUGUUGGAGCUGAUGCAGGCGGAGCUUCCUGAUGACAGGCCACGCCCACAGGACAUCCUGGCCCAGGCCGAGCAGAAGUUGGCCCCCAACUCCUCCUCCGCUGUGUGUCGCAAGCUGUCCUCUGUGGGACGCCGUGUCCUCUCCUUAGAGUCUGUGUCCAACUUCAACGGUGCCAGCGACGACUCCUGGGAGGCGCGGUGGCAGCACGCCGAGACCAGAAGUCCGUUCCAGAGCCCCGUCUCCGAGGGCGACAGCGACGUCAACAACGCAGCGGACGGCGUCAGCCGUUCGCCGUCGUCGUCAUGGCGGCGGUGGCGGGCGUGCGAAGACCCCUGGGACCCGUACCUCUGGGCGGCCGACAUGGAGGACGACAGCGCCCCGAUGGCCCGGUGGUCCGGGCCCCCGCCGCCACAGGGGCGCUCCAGCCGGGGGGUCCUGAACCGGUCCUGCUCCGUGCCGGACUCCAACAAUCCCCCGUCCUCGCUGGCGCCGGCCGCCCACGGGGACAUCAGUGUGCCCGUGUCGGACCUGACGGAGAUCGGGCCGGACGAGGACGAGCCCCCGGGGCGCGGGACGGCCUGGAGCGGUGCGGCCCGCCGCCGUAGGCCGCUGGACCGGGGCCAGUCCUGCGAGUGCUACCCCAUGUCCUGGGAGUACGCAGCGGACCCCUCGACGGACUGGCGCCCGCCGCCAGAGGACAGCGAGAAGGGCGCCGGGGAGUGUACGUGUCGUAGCGACGCGCCGAUGGCUAACGGCGGUGGGGGCGAGGGGAAGCGCGACCGUGGGGACGAGGGGUCACCCGUGCCGGGUCGCAGGGCGGAACGCAGCCCCGGUGAUGACGACGACGACGGAGGAUCGCUGGGGCGCCUUCUCUACGCUCCUAACAACCACAUGACCAAGAGCAUGCUGUGUCUGAACGAGGAAACCCAAGAUGAGUGGAUCUCUCUGAGGGAGCUGCUACCUCGCUGUGGACGCAGGCUCAGGGUCAAUGAGCUGUGGGCUCUGUGCUACACCUGCCUGGCCACGCUCCAGACCUACAUCGACUUCCCAGCAUACUUAUGUCUGGACACAGUUUACGUGGGCUGUGAGGGAGAAGUGCUGUUCUUAAAGCCCAAAAACGUUGGUUCCUGUGAUGCGUUUUAUCUCGCCCCAGAAUUUCAAGACCACGGGAUCAUGACUGAGAAGGCCUGUGUCUACGGGGUGGCGGCUAUUCUGUGGGCCACCGCCAAGUUCAGCCUGUCGGCCAAUCAGAAGCUGGCGAUGCCUCGCCAGCUGAAGAGACUGCUGAUGGAGAUGGCCAGGAGGACCCCCAUUGAGAGGCCUUCCAUUGUCAUGGCUAAAAAGAGCUGUCGUGACUACUUAUCACGCCAAGGGACCACUGCUGAAACAGUGUGGACCAAGCUGAUUGACGCAACUCAACAGCAACACCUCAAGUCAACUGCCCCAGAGAGUCACAUCAAAGUGGAGGCCAGUCCCACGUCACCUGAGCACUCACCAGCACACAUCACCAGUGGCUUUGUGCCACUGGCCACUGAGAGCCGACUGGCUCCUGUACAUGGCCCUGUUCCCCACAGCUACCCAACCAGCAUGCUGCAACUCCAACUCCCAGAGGCCUUCACUUCUAGCGCAACACAUUUCAGCCCCAUCAUCCUGACCCAGGAAGAACGCUCAGAGGAGGAGGGGACCUCAAAGCCUGGAGCUGCUAUGGACAGAACUGUGGACUUGGCUAGUUGGGUGGUCCCUCAACCAAAGCAGGAAGGAGGCUUUGUUUUCACCUCACGCCGUGACAACUCAUCGCUUACGCAAACCUUUGUGACGCAUCUCGACGUUGCCGUUGUGCCUGAUGGACACGCUGAUGGAACAGCCAGGAUGAUAAGCCGGGGACAGUCCUCCAGCCAAGGCCCACUUUUAAACCCUAUCUCUGCUCGCUCUGAUACCUCCCAGCACAGAACAAUAGUCUCACUUCCUGUCGCCUCUGCUUCUGCUCACCUCAACCGCUUUAAGAAUUACCUGCUAUGUCAGGAUCUCACCAACGGACAUCUGACACUGGUACCCGUCAGGUACCCGACUCCAGCGUCAAACACAACCCCAUCCACCGAGUUGUAUCUGGGCUCAACCCGGGAACAACAAACCAUCUAUUCCAAAUCCACCAAGUCUCAGUCAGUCAAUGGUUUGACUGGUUCUGUUGGUCUACAACCACAAAGCUGCCUCCCUGACUUCCAGAAUUUGGGUCCUUCUGAUGGACAAAGGGAGCACGCUGGAUCCGGAAGCCAGGACAGCGAUGGGUGUCUGGGGGAUCCACCUGGGUCAUUGGGCCCCCUGGCUUGGUCCGCCAAGGAGGUGGAUGGAGAACCACCAGAGCUUGGCCGCUACCUUCACCCUGCCCUGCGAGAGGUGAUAGACCUGCUGAAGGGAGAGUCUGACCACGAGGGCUGCAUGGAGAACAGCCAAGAGGGGUUGGCCAUGGGCAUAGGGGAGUAUAUCUUCUCCUUGAAGGACCUGCAGUACCAGUCCUUUGCCACUCUGGUCAGAGAAAGGUUCAGCGAUCUAUACUGGGAAGAAGACUUGCUAGGGCUUUUACACUGCUUAGUGAGCUCCAGCCCAGCAAAACUGGGCUCUAAUGGGACUCUACCAUCCGCCUCUGUCUCAUCCGUCAGUCCCGCCGUCCAGACAAGGGGGGCGAGAGACCCCCACCUGCGCCACUUUUUGGAUCUGAACGGGAACCUUCACUUCAGCGGCCCCGCUGCUCAGGAACGAUCCAGAGGAACCGGGACCACGUCCAGUCCUCAGGUCACCGGACCAAUGUAUCAAGACCUCGAAGAAACGUCAGAAGAACUUCCGGACUAUACAUGUUCAGAGGUGGGUGCCGGGGGCGGGCUCCCCGAGGAGAUUGAGGUCACCCAGGGAGAGGAGCGUUCGGUGGGGGGCGGCCAUGAAAGCCCUGCCUCUGAAGACCGCUCUCCCUCGGGGCGGCACGGGGGCGGCGGGGGCAGCGGGGGCAGCGGGGGCGGCGAGGGCGGCGAGGGCGGCGGGGGCAGUGGCAACGGGGGAAGUGGCGAGGAGCUGAGCAGCAGUCCCGGCUGCCCAGACUACAUGGAGGACGACAGCGGCUCUCUGGGCUCCUCUGCCGAGCGGCGCCCGUCUCCGGGCGGAGGCUGGGACCCGGGGCCGGGCCCGGACCUCGGCCCCGGGGCCGACCCGUCCUGGGCGCUGGCGUACUACGGGGAGGACUACUUCGGCACGGAGGUGGUGCGCUACGCCCAGAGCCUGGGACAGCACUCGGGGUCGGCGUGUCUGGACGUGAAAGCGCAGGAGCUGCAGCAGCAGUUGGUCAUUGAGAAUAGACAUCUGAAGAAAACCAGGAACUUCUACCAGAAGCUCCUGCAACAAGACCGGAAAAAGAAAGGUUCGGAGUCCAAACUGAUGCUGGGUAGGGUGAGCACCCAGCUUGAAGAACUCAGAUCCAAAGUGGAGUUCCUAUAUUCUGUGAAGAAAUAUCUAAAGGUGCUGCAGGUGGACCAGUGGGGCCUGGAGGUGGCUCUGCUGCCAGCGCUGGCUGACCAACACCUCGGCGCCUUGGAGCGGCCUGACCUCGGCGACCCGGCGGUCCUCAGCUUCGGGCCGCAGACGGGCCGGGGCCGGAGCACUCUGCAGGCCGGCUCCCCCAAGGGGCUCAUGGCCCACCUCUAUGCUCGAGACGCGGCCCUGGACGGCUACAUCCAGCAGCUCCUCUACACCUACCGCUACUUCUGCACCAGCGAGCAGCUCCUCCGGUUCCUCAUGGACCGCUUCAUCGCCGCCGCGAGAGGCCCAGACAUAUCAGGGAGCAACAUGAAGGUCCUCCACCGGACCCUGGACCUGUUGGAGGCCUGGCUCAUAGACUGCAAACUGGUGGACUGGACCCUGAGCUCUAGCAAUCUGACAACACUGGAGAACUUCCUCAAUGCUGAGGUGGUUCCUGUGGACAGCAGAGGGGAGACCUUAUUGGCAACCCUCCACAGCCCCCCAAGGAAGCGGCGGAGCCAAGGAAGUGAUAGUCCAAUCAGCCUUGACCAAGAUAAUGACUCGUUCUCGAUGCACUCAUCAUUUGAGGAUGCAGAGAAAAGGCACUGUCACUGGAGGAUCUCCAGGGUGGUGGAGCCCCAGGAGAAGGCCUUCUGCAUCGCGGCCGUCCUGCCCAUGCCCAGCUACGGGUCCCUGCUCAGCAGCGACCCCUCCUCUGGCUUCCCGCGGAGCCAGGAGCUGCCCUUCAGCUUGAGCCCCUGCAGCGCCCAGAGCACAGCCCAGCAGCUCACCCUGCUGCAGCAGGAGGUUUUCCUUGGCUGUCAUCCGGUUCACUUCCUUAACUCCAGAGCAAAAGGGGUCAGGGAUUAUGCUUUGAGUCCCAACAAGAACGUGUGUCGCCUUGUCACACCAGCAGAGGGCAGUAGUCUAUUUGCGGGUGAGGAGACCUCACCGUCAGACGGCUUCCUCCAGAGGUUGCUGGCUUAUGCCGACAGUGUCACUGACUGGAUCGCUGCUGAAAUAGUCAGCAGUGACUCUUUCAAGGCGCAGGCGGCCGUGAUGACCAAGUUCCUGCUGAUCGGGAAACACUGCUACGAGUCGCGCGACUUUGCCACCGCCAUGCAAGUCCUCGCCGGCCUGGAGAACGUGAUUGUCAGGCAAUUACCGGCGUGGAAACAUCUGUCCUCCAAGGUGUGUGAGGUCAUGGAGGAGCUGCGAGCCGUGCAGGUGUUCCUGAAGAGCGAUGACCUGUGUCUGAUGGGGGGAGAGCAGGCUCGGAGGGGAGGGACCCUGCCGUCGGCCCGCAUCCUGGCCAUGCACGUGCAGCAGCUGGAGAUAGGAGCCUUCACCCUGGCCACCGGAGCCUACAAGUGGACCAAGCUCAGGAGCAUAGCCAGGGUGGUGAGCCAGGUGCAGGCCUUCCAGGAGUCGGUGUACCCCUACAGCCCCGAGCGCCAGCUGCAGGGCUACCUGCGCCGCCGCAUCCAACACCUCAGUGGCUGCGACCUGCACCUCCUCGCCGCCGACAACGACGCCAACUUCCAGCAGCCCUCCGCCCAGCGGCACGUGCGCCGCAUCCAGGAGACGCUACGAAGGGUCCGGGGAAACUUCCAAUGA